GCAGGGCUUUGAUUGAUUGAGCUGCAGUUGCUACGUUGGAAUCUUUUGGGGGAGGACCUAUUGGGGUCCUCCCAGGCAAAUAGCAGGGAAAGGGGGGCUCUCUCUCGCCAGAAGGUGGGCCUAAAAGGAGGGCGCCACUUCCUGCCUGAAAAUGAAUGAGUCCAUGGGGAAGGAGGUAGUUCCCCUCUUGAUCAAUUCAUCUGAACAGUUGAUCCAGGAGAAAACCCAGCUCUUUUUCUACCCAGGCGAAAAAUAGCAACGGUUUGCACCUUUGUUCUGCGGUUCUGAACAACCUGCCACACCUCAAAGUUGCCUUUGCUGCUCGGUCCUCAUUCCAGACGGCGCGAUCACGGCAAUUGUGGGCUGCUUGAGCUGAUCUCCAUCGCUUCCCCACCCCCUCUUCUCUCGCGCUUUCUCUCUUGCAAGAUCCGGAUUGUUCCUGAUCUCCACGGCGUAUCUGGAAUGGUUUCUGCGGGUGAGUGUGCAUUUUAAAAUCGCAACCUAAUCAGGAUCUAAUACCGGCUAACAAGGAAAAGGGCUUAAACGGAAUCAGCAAAGAUUUUUCUGCUGCUGAGUCAUCCAUCACUACCAUGGGAAAUAUUUCAUCCAAUAUCUCUGCCUUUCAAUCUCUGCACAUUGUCAUGCUGGGUCUGGAUUCUGCAGGCAAAACUACUGUGCUCUACAGGCUUAAAUUCAACGAAUUUGUUAACACGGUGCCUACCAUUGGCUUCAACACUGAAAAAAUCAAGCUAAGCAAUGGAACUGCAAAGGGCAUCAGCUGCCAUUUUUGGGAUGUAGGUGGGCAAGAGAAACUGAGGCCCCUGUGGAAAUCCUAUAGUCGUUGUACUGAUGGUAUCAUUUAUGUGGUGGACUCUGUUGAUGUGGACAGGCUAGAAGAAGCCAAAACAGAGCUGCACAAAGUCACCAAGUUUGCAGAGAAUCAAGGCACUCCGUUGUUAGUGAUUGCCAACAAGCAAGACCUGCCAAAAUCUUUGCCCGUGGCAGAAAUAGAGAAACAGUUGGCUCUUCAUGAGUUAACUCCAUCCACCACUUACCAUAUACAACCAGCCUGUGCAAUCAUUGGUGAGGGCCUCACAGAAGGUAUGGACAAACUUUACGAGAUGAUUCUCAAGCGCAGAAAAUCCUUAAAGCAGAAAAGGAAACGAUAAGGCAAGAAGAAACUGCAUUCCAUUAGAUCAUAGUCUGACUUGCUAGCUUGAAGUAGUUAAAAGUAGCAGUCAGAUGCCGGUGUUUAUAUUAUCUUCCAUAGUAUCACAGAGUCCUUCAAAUAUGCUGAUUUUUUACAAGUUCAGAUGAUAACAUUAUGCUGACUACCAUUUGGGAUGCUGGUCAGAUCUAUGCAUGCCAGUCUAUCACUUCUAUCCUGCUCUCAGGCCCCAUGAGCCAGUAGGAUAAGAGAAGGCCUCUUUGUAAUAUUCUAGCAGGACUAGAAAUAAGGCAGGCAAGCAGAAACUUUUCGUAUCAGUUGCUUCUUACCUUGUGAACUACAAAUAUGCAAGAGGCUCACCUCAUUCUUUGGACAAUUCCUGUUUUUUAAAUAUAUGUAUCUAACAGGAGAAACUACACUGGGAGAGAAAAAUCAAAAAGCUUGAUAUGUCAGGGCAGGUCCCUGUUCCAUUCAGAUUAAGAUUUGUGCUGGCAUUUCAGGAUGUUACUACAUGGUGAUGUGUGUGCAUGCUCGAUGGGACAAAUGCUGUGAUUAAGGGGAAAUGUGCAUUAAAAAUACAGCAUACAUAUACACACACACAAACACACACAUAAAAUAUCUCUUAUGGAUGGCUCUUUGAACCACUUGUGGAAAACUAUUUCUCAGCCUUACAACAAACUUACUUGUGGCUAUUACCAAGAUCAACAAAUAUGUAAUCACUGAACGAAUGAGGCUGGGCUACUUCCUGGAGUAAUUUUUAUGUGUUUGGAGGGAAGUAACCUAUGUUCCCUGUCAUUUCAGUUGAGUGUAAGGAUAUACAUAGUGAGUGGACUGUUCUUUUUCUUUUUUUUCUCUAUUGUCUUUUGGAUGGGUUUUUAAAAUUGGGUAAAGAGGGUUGUGUGUGUUAUCAUGUAUUCCUAUAUUAAAAAACUUAAGUUGGUGGUGUGCUGAUCCACUUGAAUUAAAAAACGUGAGCUGCUUGGAUCAUUUGUGACCAGUAGCUGCCUCUUGGUGCUGCUUUAUAAGCAUUUCAUUAGAAAAUGUUACCUUUUCAUAAGCCUAGACACUGUAGCAAUAACCACUAAACAACUUUUUUAAAAAUACCAUGUCCUUCUUGUAACAUUGAACUGUGGCCAUAUUGUGUUUCCAACAUUUAAUCUAAUCAGACAAUCUGACUCAUAAUUCAAUUUAUUACUUUAUAAUUAGAUGACUUUCAUACUCCAAAGGAUUGCAACUGUGAAUAGCAGUAAGGAAAAUUCAGAUUUGGCUGAUUUUGUAUAGAAAAUCAAAGAAGAUGUAGAACAAAAAGGACAAUCUGAACUUUCUGCUGAGAAAAAUCCCCAGUCUAAUAAAUUAACCUUCCUUCCUGUUUAAAUCUAUGGUUCACUGUUGUGAUUGUCAAGAAUAUAGUAAGAAGCAGACAUUAAAAACACUAUGUUAAUAUUAAUUUUAAAAGUACAGAAAAAUUGACAUUCCUUAUGAAUACUUGCAGUAAUAAUGCAAUCUGUACAUGUCUACCCAGUUGAAUUAUAUCCAGCUACUUACAUUUAUUAGGAAUUAACCCUUUUAUAUUAUUAUAUAAUAAAAGCAAACCUCAUUUAUAGUAUUUAUUUGUGAAUAAGGAUAUAUAGAUCAAGCUCUAAGGCUAAAGUCUUAUGUAGGCUUAUUUGGGAGCAAGACCUAUUGAACUUAGUUUUAAUUGAGUCAAUAAUGACCUCCUUGGAAAAAAACCCAUAUUUAAAUCAAGGAUAAAGAAUUGUGCAGAGAGAUGAUAUCCCAAAAGUAAAAAAAACAAAAACAAAGAGUUUGACAACUUUAAUUCUUCAGCUAAUUUUAAAGUCUUGUGACAGAAAGGUUCAAUCUCUUAUUUUAGAAUUACAUCCAUGAUUCAGUUUUUAGGACAUGGAUUAGCCACUUUCUGAUGAAAUCAUGUGCGUUCUAGAAAGAGAAACAGAAAAAUAUAAGCAACAAAUUCCAAUUAGUUGAUUUUUUUUUCAUUAGCAGUGGAGAUUUUCGAUUAGUUCUUAUAGGCAACCCUUUUUUAAGAAUGCAAGGACCUCUCUCUUCCAGCUAUAUUAUGCUAGAUUAUUAUCAGAAACCAGAGCUGCUGCUACUUUUUUUCUCUGCAUUUUUAUAUUUAAUACAGCUUUAAUUAUUGAAUAUUUGUCAUGCAGCUGUGAAAAGUACAGAAGCCCUGCCAUGAUACUGGCAUCUGCUGCAAUUCAAUUUCUUUACAUGCUUGAGGAAUUUAUUUACAUGAAUGGAGACUUUUCACUAAUCCCCAGAGUGGGCUGGUCCCAUUGUUUAAAGCAUUGCUUUUUAAAUGGUUAAUUUCUUCCACUUACAACUCUUUCAGGCAUGUUUAUUACUUCAUACUGGAAAAAGAAAGCGAAAGAAUAUAUUUAAUCCAAUUUUGAAGCCAAAUGCUGUCAUUUUCACAAUAUGGUUUAGGAAUGAAUUGCUGUUCAUAAUCAAAUUGUAUCAGAAGGGAGAUAUAGUUUUGGAUUCUUUUUCAUUCACAAAAUGUAUUUCUUGCAAAAUUUAUUCUGCUUUGUCAGAUCAAGUUGUACAGGUGUUAAAUUACUGCAGUUAGGCCUUGCCAGCCAUACUAGGUAUUAAAUAUGCUAGUCUCUUUAGUGGAUUAAUUUUGGUAGCACAGAAAUAUCGAUCAUUUUGAGUUACAGUUAGAAACACUGCCAUGCAUAUUAUUUUUAAAGUCAGACUUUCUUGUACUCUUCAAAAAUAAUCCUGGCUAGUAUCUUUAUGAAUUAUCUGAGCAAAAGAAAAUACCUGAAGAUAUAUCAUGGUUUAAAAUGUUGCUUUUAAGGUAUUGCAUAAGCCUUAUUUCUAAGGCAGAUUUGUCCUAGUUUAAAUAUUUUGUUCUCUUCAAUAAUGUUUGUGGAGAAUGUUAUCAAACCCUACAAGACACUAGUCUCAUUUUCUUCAUGAUAACAUCAAUUAAAGUAUUCCAACAAAA